GCGCAGGGCGUGGCCUGGGCGCGGGGCCUUCGGCGGCGACCAGCCAGAGGAGAAAGAACAUGGCGGGCGCAGCAGGGCCAGGGGCCGGUCCGGGGGCAGCGGGCGGAGAUGGAGACGAUUCGCUCUACCCGAUCGCGGUUUUAAUCGACGAGCUCCGCAAUGAGGACGUGCAGCUCCGUCUCAACAGUAUUAAGAAGUUAUCAACUAUUGCUCUAGCACUCGGGGUAGAAAGGACUCGAACUGAACUGCUGCCUUUCCUUACAGAUACUAUUUAUGAUGAAGAUGAGGUGCUGUUAGCUCUUGCCGAGCAGCUGGGAAAUUUCACUGGUUUGGUGGGAGGUCCUGACUUUGCCCACUGUCUGCUGCCUCCUUUGGAAAGUUUGGCUACGGUGGAGGAGACCGUUGUUCGAGACAAGGCCGUGGAGUCCCUGAGGCAGAUCUCCCAGGAGCACACUCCAGUCGCCCUGGAAGCUCACUUUGUGCCUCUGGUGAAGCGCUUGGCAAGUGGGGAUUGGUUCACAUCUCGCACAUCUGCAUGUGGUUUGUUCAGCGUUUGCUAUCCCAGAGCUUCAAAUGCUGUCAAGGCAGAAAUCCGACAGCACUUCCGUUCCCUGUGCUCAGAUGAUACACCAAUGGUGCGACGUGCUGCUGCUUCCAAAUUGGGUGAAUUUGCAAAAGUCUUGGAAUUAGACAGUGUGAAAACUGAGAUUGUUCCCUUGUUCACGAAUUUGGCUUCAGAUGAGCAGGAUUCUGUGCGCCUGCUAGCUGUGGAAGCUUGUGUCAGCAUUGCCCAGUUACUGUCCCAGGAUGACCUCGAAGCCUUGGUAAUGCCUACACUUCGGCAAGCAGCAGAAGAUAAAUCUUGGCGGGUUCGCUAUAUGGUGGCUGACAAGUUUUCAGAGCUCCAGAAAGCGGUGGGCCCUAAAAUUGCACUCAGUGACCUCAUCCCCGCCUUCCAGAGCCUCCUCAGAGACUGCGAAGCUGAAGUCCGAGCGGCCGCUGCCCACAAAGUAAGAGAACUUUGUGAGAACCUGCCCCCCGAAGGUAGAGAGACUGUAAUUAUGAGCCAAAUCCUGCCCUAUAUAAAGGAAUUAGUGUCUGAUACCAACCAGCAUGUCAAGUCAGCUCUGGCUUCUGUAAUUAUGGGAUUAUCUACAGUUUUGGGCAAAGAGAAUACCAUUGAACAUCUUCUGCCUCUGUUUUUAGCUCAGUUAAAGGAUGAGUGUCCAGAAGUUCGUUUAAAUAUCAUCUCCAAUUUGGAUUGUGUAAAUGAAGUGAUUGGAAUUCGUCAGCUCUCUCAGUCUCUCCUUCCUGCCAUAGUGGAGCUGGCUGAAGAUGCCAAGUGGAGGGUCCGCCUGGCUAUCAUUGAGUACAUGCCGCUGCUGGCCGGCCAGCUGGGUGUGGAGUUUUUUGAUGAAAAGCUGAAUUCUUUGUGUAUGGCCUGGCUUGUGGAUCAUGUCUAUGCCAUUCGGGAAGCAGCUACCAACAACCUCAUGAAGUUAGUCCAGAAGUUUGGUACAGAGUGGGCCCAGAAUACCAUCGUCCCUAAAGUGUUGGUAAUGGCAAACGACCCUAACUACUUGCACAGAAUGACCACUUUAUUCUGCAUUAAUGCACUGUCUGAAGCCUGUGGUAAGGAAAUAACCACUAAGCAAAUGUUGCCCAUCGUGUUGAAGAUGGCAGGAGACCAGGUAGCAAAUGUCCGCUUCAAUGUGGCCAAGUCACUGCAGAAAAUUGGACCAAUUCUAGAUACCAAUGCCUUGCAGGGGGAAGUGAAGCCGGUGCUGCAGAAACUAGGUCAGGACGAAGACAUGGAUGUCAAAUAUUUUGCACAGGAAGCUAUAAGUGUUCUUGCCUUGGCAUAAAGAGGAGCAGGAGGGAAAAGCCUUUACUAAGUUCUUAUCACAGAUCUCUAGUCAAUGUGUUCUUACCCUGGGUGGAGAAAAUGGACACCUUCAAGAUCUCAUCCAAGCAAAUGGCAACAACAUAGAAGAAAUCAGAUUUCAGUGACUUGAUUCUUUCUAAACAUGAACUCAGACUGAUUUUACUUCUCUCUGUUGGGAUAAUUGUACCGCUCUUCUGACCAGUUGCUGACGCCCCCUCAUACAGUCAUGUCUUGAGUGUCUCCCAGGGUUUCUCUCCAGCACCAUUGAGGCUCCUGCUUCCUCCCUUUUGAAUCAGGCCCCAGCCACUUAAGAUUCCAGACAGAGCCUGGAUGGAUUUGGACCCCGACACGGAGUGGAGUGACUCUCUUACUGUUUACACGUCUCUGUGUGGCUCUCCAUCUUUCCAAUGUUAAGAGUAAAUGGUUUAGAAUAACUUACUUAUAACUGUCUACUUGGAGAUACUAUUGAGAUUUGACUGUAGUGAGAACCACGUCCUCCUGGUGACGAUGGUCCACAUGAGCGUCUCACGGGAAAGGAGAUGUGGCAGGCUAACGUCUGGCUGUUCUGGUUUUCAUUUGCUCAGUUUUGACUGUAAUCAUGUCAUGCAGAAGCCGGAAGUGGGUGUAUCUUGCUGCUAAUGUGUGAUGUUGAAAGGAAACAAUUUCAACGGCUCAGGACUGUGACUGACUUCAAAAACUCCUAAGAGACUUUAGUGCCUCCUACGAAGUUGUGGUUCUGCUGUUUCGUUGUGAAGUGUUGUGUUUCAAGAAUGUGUAGGAACCACGGGUCCUAGGUUUGCUCCCAGCAAUGUUAGUGAGCAGUGCGCUGUUGCAACACCGUGCAGUACCAAACUGAAGUUUCCUUACUCAGUGUUUUCUUGUGGUGUGGGUGAUGCAAGAACAUUUUUCUACUUUUGCAGUAAAAUUUCAUUAAUUUGUCCAGAAAUUUAAGGUGGCAGGUCAAGCUGAAGGGUUUGCUGAGGCAAAUUGUUUCUGGAAGGCUGCUGGACACUUAAUUUUAGGAAGUACCCCCUUCUCAGUGGGUGUGCCUGUGACCAGCCUCUCUGCUCUGUCAUACUCCAGUCCUUCCAGGAGCAGCUCUGACAUGACAUGCCUUUUCUGAAUAUUCUUCUGGAUAGUUGAAAUGUUUCCAUCUGACUCCUUGUCUCAAAUGGACUUAGUUAAUGAGGUUUUACUGCAGCCUGUUUUACUCAAUGCAUCAUACCAUGCAGUUUGAUGUUUCCAUUUGGGUUUCUGAAUUGUUGAUUUUACUUACAAACUCUUUUAGAUGUAACAAGCCCUGUUCUGUUUUGUGAAGGCCCAAAGAUACCUACAAAACUUUGUACAUUAAACAUAAGUUACAUAAAACCAAGUUUGUGUAAAUGCUUUUAAGUUUAUCAUACCUUAGAGAAACAGAACAGACCGUUUCUAUCAGAGACCGUGUGCCUGCAUUUUAAACUGCCAGUUACCUCUUAGUGAGUUUCCCUUUUUGUGUAUUCUAGGGCCAAGGUUUGAAUAUUUUCCUAAGCAUUUUAGUGCCUUAAAUUACUCUGCUGUAAACAUUUUAAUUUCACAGUUGCUUUUUUUCCAUCACCUGUAAGCUGUACUCCUCUUUAAUGAGUUUUAUAUUUGAGAGACAAUUGUCUUGAUUGUGGAAACGUGCAUUGGGACAGCUGCGUCACCUUUGGCUGGAAAUGCCACCUGGUAUACUCACUUGGGAAUGAACCUCUAAAGUGUCCCUGUCCCUCUACCUCCCGCCUUGUGCAUUUAGCUUUCCGCCAGUGACUACUGAAGGGAAUAAACUGCUUAGUUUAUUCCCUUCAAUGGACCCUUGCCUUCUCAAAUAAGGGUCACCUAGUGUACAGGAUCUGUUUUGGGUGGCCGUUCGAGGCGUCACUGUUUUUUCUGGUAGAUGCAGUGACCUGCCUUGAGUUACCCUGCAUAGCAAUUGCUCUUCAGUUUCAAUCUGGCCUUUUUCUCUACAUAGUAGCUUUUCUAUUUGACUUCUCCAGGAGCUCUGUGGUACAGGCUCAGUCUGUUCUGUCUUGUGUUGUACAAUUGUCUGGGGCAUAUUGUUGGCAUUUCAUAAAAUGGAGUUGACUGAGUGAUCUCUAAAGGAUGUCCUCUAAUGGGAACAAAGUCACCAGGCUGUCUCUCAUUAAUACAAUUAGCAACUUCCUUGCUCCUAGGAAGCAAGAGCCUCUGGCAUAGACCGGUUCCCAGCCCCAGGAAUUUCUUUUUUUUUUCCUUUUUGAGACAAGGUUCUCUUACAUAGCCCUGGCUGGCCUAGAACUCUAUGUAGACCAGACAGGUCCUGCCUCCGCCUCCCAAGUGCUGGGAUGAAAGGCAUGGCACUAGCUCCAGCUUGAGGAAUUGUUCUUUUGGAAUUGCCUGGUUGCCUUGAACAUACUAUUGCUACUGUUUUAUAUCUAAGCAGUUUAUACCAUUGUUCAACUUGUUAGGAGAGGGGAAAGACAAACACACACAUCCUGUGUCAAUGAAAAGUGGAGUUCACUUCAGUGGUUCUCUUCUACAUAUUGUUUGGGGUCUACCCAUCAUGAGCAAAAUACUAGCAAAAUACUAGAUCUUGUGCAUCUAAUGUGCUGCCGGUGAACGGGAGCCUGAAGAUGGAUUUUGUUUCAUAAGGAUAAACAGAUUAAUGUGUGAUUUUUGAAUGAGGCCUUGUCAAAAUAAAGGAUGACCUUCAGUUCAUGGAAA